AUUUUAUUUUUGCUGCUUUUUCCAAUCGUUUUCCCCCACAUUUUAUGCAUGUUGAAUUGAGUUGUACUUAAACGAACAUGAAAGAUGUCUGAAGAAUGUAAGAUUGAUAUCAAGUCAGAGUAUUUGGAUCCUGGCAUUCACGAGGAGAGUGAAGAUGGCUUCAGUUAAUCUGAUGGUGGUAUCAAGACAGAAUCCGAUGAGAUGGCAAGUGGUCACCGUGAUUCAUCUGAUGACAUUGAUUCGAGUGAUCAGCCUUGUCAGCUCAGUUCAAACAUUGAAACGGAGGUGGAGUUUGGUGAUCCAUUAAAUUCAAACAUUAGAACAGAGCUUGACACUACUGGUAAUCAAUCAAGUUCAAACACUGAACAAGAGCCAUGUGAUCCAUCUGAUAUGUCUGAAACUAGUGAGAGUGACGGUGCUGAGCAGGCCAAAGUGAAUGAUCCAGAAUAUGAUCUUCCUGCUAAUGCCAAGGACAAAGUGAAAUUAGAACCCGAUGAUGAUGAAUCGGAGCCAAUUCAACCAGGUUCUGAACUAGGUGAUUGGGAUGGCGCCACUAAUGUGUUGCUACCUACACCAAGGCCCGUUCCAGUGCGUCUUUUGCCAGCAGCUGGGAGUCCUGGUCUAUUGAGAAUUGAUGUCGAGGACUCGCUCCACCCUGUGCCGAGGAGAUUAGUGAAAGAGGAACCGAAAGAAGAAGGCAUGGAAAUGGAUGAGAGCUCAUACGGUUUUGAUUCAGAAACAGAUAUAGAUACUCAGGAUGUGGAAGCAGCUGAAGACAAUACUGUUGCAUCUUUCAACCCUGACUGUGCUAAAAUCAAGUCUGAAAAUCACAAGAAGGAGGGAGAUUUGUUGUUGAAAAAUUCACUGGAUAACAGGACUGCCACAAAGAAGGAAAAGGCUAACACGUGUGGCAUCUGUCAUAAACUUUUCACCACAAGACAUCUUCUAAUUCGACAUGAGCGUAUUCAUACUGGCGUAAAACCAUACCGCUGUGACAAGUGUGAUAAAGCAUUCACGGAUCGCAGUAAUCUCGUUCAUCAUCAACAUAUUCAUACCGGAAAAAGACCUUUUGCCUGUGACCAGUGCGACAAAACAUUUACAUUCAAUUAUCUACUUGGCAGGCAUAAACGUAUUCAUACAGGAGAAAGAACAUUUUCCUGUGAUCAGUGUCAUACGGCAUUUACAUUCGAUGAUCUGAUUGCCUUGCACAAAGGUACGUGUAUGCAUACUGGAGAAAAACCAUUUACCUGUGACAAGUGUAGUAGAACAUUCACCUCUCACAGCAAUCUUGCGUCACAUGAAUGCACUCAUUCAGUGCAAAGGCCAUUCGUCUGUGGCAUAUGCGAUAAAAAAUUUACAAGUAAAAGCGAUCUUACAACACAUGGUCAGAUUCAUACCGGCGAAAGACAAUUUGACCAGUUUGAUGGAACAUUUGUAUCUGAUAGCCAACUUAACAAACAUGAACAGAUUGCUACAGGACAAAGAUCAUUUGCCUGUGAGCAAUGCGAUAAAAAAUUUCUCACUGCAAGCAUUCUUGCGCAACAUAUAGUUAUUCACUCCGAUGUCAGUGAUGGAAGAUCUUUUGCUUGUGACCAGUGUAAUAAAACUUUUACAGGUAAUAAAGAUCUUACCAGGCAUAAGCUGAUCCAUUCAGGAGAAAGACCAUACACCUGUGACCAGUGCGAUAAAACGUGUAACACGCUGAGCAAUCUUGCGCAACAUAAAAUCAUCCAUACUGGAGAAAGGCCAUUUGCUUGUGACCGGUGUGAUAAGACGUUUGCACGCAUUAGUGGUCUUACCACUCACAAAAGAAUUCACUCGGGAGAAAGGCCGUAUAAAUGCGACCGCUGCUGGUCGGCGUUUAGGUCCGGAGGUGAUCUUUUACGUCACAUACGCACCCAUACAGGAGAAAAACCAUAUCAGUGUCACCAGUGUGGUAAAACAUUUAUCUCUGCGAGUGAUCUUGGAAAACAUCGACGUAUUCACACAGGAGAAAGACCAUGGGCCUGUGACCAGUGUGGUAAAAGAUUUUUGCGCAAUAGGGAUCUUGUCAAGCAUAGACGCAUUCACACAGGGGAACGACCCUUUGCUUGUGACCUGUGUGAUAAAACAUUCACAACCCGGGGCAAUCUGGUGUCACAUAAACUAAUACAUUCGGGAGAGAGGCCAUUUGCUUGUGACGUGUGUGGCAAAAGAUUUGCUCGCAGUGGUGACCUUACCAGCCACAAGCAGAUUCAUUCUGGAGAAAAAAAAUUCAAAUGUGACCAGUGCUGGUCGGCAUUUAAUACUAGAAGUAGUCUCUCACGGCAUGUACGUAUUCAUACAGUAGCAAUACCAUUCGGCUCUAAUUCAGUUGAAAAAAAAAUUCCCUGUGACCAGUGUGAUAAAAUGUUUGCACACAAUUGUGUCCUCACUAGCCACAAGCGUAUUCAUACAGGAGAAAGACCUUUUGCGUGCAACCAGUGUGAUAAAACAUUCACACAGCGUGGUAACCUUUUUCAGCAUCAGCGUAUUCAUACGGGAGAAAGACCAUUUGCAUGUUGCCAGUGCGAUAAAACCUUUACGUGCAAUAGAGAUCUUACCAGACAUAAACAGACUCAUACAGGAUACAGACCAUUUGCCUGUGACCAGUGCAAUAAAUGUUUUGUACACAAUAGUGAUCUUACUAGCCACAAGCGUAUUCAUACGGGUGAAAGACCAUUUAAAUGCGACCUGUGCUGUUCAGCAUUUAUUACCAGAAGUGAUCUGUUACGGCAUGUACGUAUUCAUACUGGAGAGAAACCAUAUCAGUGUGACCAGUGUCAGAAAGCAUUCACUACUAAAAGCAAUCUCGCAUCACAUAAACGAAUCCAUUCUGGAGAAAGAUCAUGACUGUAUUGUAAUAAAUCUCGUCAUUUGUGGAAAAACAACAUACUGUGUGAAUGCUGUUGAGCAAGUUGAGUCACAACUGUAGCACAUCGAGACCACUUACAUAUAACAUAGGCCUUUUUACAGAUGCCUCUCAACGGCCUUCAUUCAUUGACACAGUUGGUUUAACCACUGGUACGCUGGUUCAACCACUGGUACGUUGGUUCAACCACUGGUGCGUUGGUUCAACCACUGGUGCAUUGGUUCAACCACUGGUGCGUUGGUUCAACCACUGGUGCGUUGGUUCAACCACUGGUGCGUUGGUUCAACCACUGGUGCGUUGGUUCAACCACUGGUGCGUUGGUUCAACCACUGGUGCGUUGGUUCAACCACAUUUGUUCAACAUGUUAAAAAUGUGACUGCAGAAUAAAGUAAUUAUAUUCAA